AUGGCAUCCACACGCCUUCCCCGCUCCUUCACCAACUGCUUCCGAGCUCUCAAGCAGUCACAACGAUUCUACAGCGUUUCACCUUCGACUGCCUCGCAACCGCCAACCUCACCUUUCUCCCCACGGCAUUUUCUCUCGAUCAAUGAUCUCACGCCCCAAGAACUCAGCGCCCUCGUCCGCAAUGCCUCCAAGUACAAGACCUCCGCCAAGUCAGGGACCAUUCCAGCCCAUCUCAAAGAUGCCUUGCUCGCCCAAACAAUUGCGAUAAUGUUCACGAAGCGCUCCACUCGGACCCGAGUCAGCACAGAAGGCGCAAUAGCAAUGAUGGGCGGCCACCCAAUGUUCUUGGGCUCGCAGGACAUCCAACUGGGAGUCAACGAAUCUCUCUACGACACCAGCGUGGUCAUAAGCAGCAUGGUCUCCGCCAUGGUAGCGCGUGUAAACGCCCACGACGACGUCGCCAAUCUCGCAAAGCACAGCAGCGUGCCCGUCAUCAAUGCGUUGUCAGAUCUCUAUCAUCCUCUGCAGACCAUUGCGGACUUCCAAACCAUCCUCGAAGCUUUCCCUUCUACACAGACUGCCAGCAACCCUUCCAGCUUAGGCUUGGAGGGAAUGAAGAUUGCCUGGGUAGGAGACGCCAACAACGUGCUCUACGACCUGGCGCUUGGAGCAGGGAAACUCGGUGUAGAAGUCUCCGUCGCUACACCUAAAGGCUACUCCAUCCCUCCCUUCAUGAAGGAGAUCAUCACCUCUUCCUCCACCAAACCUUUCCUCAGCGAGACCUCCGUCCCCGAAGAGGCCGUCAAAAACGCCGACAUCAUCGUAACAGACACGUGGGUCUCCAUGGGUCAGGAAGCGGAAGCCAAACAGAAGAUGAAGGCCUUUGAGGGUUUCCAAGUUACCAAGGAGCUUGCUCACAGGGGAGGAGCGAAGGAAGGUUGGAAAUUCAUGCAUUGCUUGCCACGCCAUCCGGAAGAGGUGAGUGAUGAGGUGUUUUAUAGCCCGGCCAGCUUGGUGUUCCAGGAAGCAGAGAAUAGGCUCUGGGCUGCUGUCAGUGCGAUUGAGAGUUUUGUUGUGAGGAAGGGAGAGAUCAAGGCUGCGUGA